CUGCUUAGAGCCCCGCCCACAGACCCUGUCAGAAAUCCCGCCCACUGCCCCGCCUACCUGUGCUUUCAACGCCGCUCUGCGUCCUUCCUUAUUGGCUGACACGCGCCGUGACGUUGAAGUAGGCGGGGUGCGUGGCGGCGAGAUCCGAAAGAAGUUUGUUUUGCGUCGCCGUCGCCGCAGCUGCUGUUUUCCCGCGCGUGAGGGCCCAGCCAGCUACAUAAAAAGCAAGCGCUUCUCUGCCGGCGUCGUCUUUUGGUUCCGCUGGUCUCCUUGGGCGCGUGGCGUGAGGGGAAGGGGAUGCCGAAGCGCUCCUGCCCGUUCGGGGACUCUUCCCCGGUGCAGCUGAAGACCCGCGUGAGGCUGAGGGAGCUGAGCCAGGGCGUCCAGGGCGAGCGCUACCGGCGCGAGGUCUUCGGUGAGGAGGAGGCGGCGGUUGGGCGCGAGGGAGGGUCUCGGAGCCGUGUUCUCGCGAGGACGAAACUUUGGUCAAGGGCGCCGUUGCUUGACCAGUGUUUCACUCUCGCGAGAACUGAGUUCAUUCUCUCGCGAGAACUGGACGCUUCAGCGGGGUGGGGGAAGGAGCAGAAUGGAGCAAAAGCCCCUUUUAUUCUGGAAGGGGGAGUUGUGUGAAGACAUUCUUCCGUCUCCACAUCUCCCAGCCUUUGCUAAGCACACAGCUCCAGCCUGCCGGGUGUUUGUUUCCUCUGAAGGGAAAACACUCUGCACAUGCCCAGGAAUUAGUGGUAAUAAUAAUAAUAAUAAAUUUUAUUUAUACCCCGCCCUCCCCAGCCAAGGCCAGGCUCAGGGCGGCUAACAACCAAUAAUAAAAAGGAGUUGAAUGAAUACAGCUUAAAAACAAGAUUAAAAUACAUCAUUAAAACAAUUAAAAUGCAGCCUCAUCACAGGAGGAGAAAGGAAAAAGAAAGAGGCGGAGGGAAUCAAAUUGACUCCAAGCCAAAGGCCAGGUGGAACAACUCUGUCUUACAGGCCCUGCGGAAAGAAAUCAGAUCCUGCAGGGCCCUGGUCUCAUGAGACAGAGCGUUCCACCAGGCCGGAGCCAGAGUUGAAAAGGCCCUGGCUCUGGUUGAGGCUAAUCUAACUUCCUAAGGCCCCGGACCUCUAGGGUGUUGCUAUUUAUGGACCUUAAGGUCCUCCGCAGGGCAUACCAGGAGAGGCGGUCCCGUAGGUACAAGGGUCCUAGGCCGUGAAGGGCUUUAAAGGUCAAAACCAGCACCUUGAACCUGACCCUGUACUCCCCGGGAGCCAGUGCAGCUGGAAAAGCACUGGGUGAAUAUGCUCCCAUGGCAGAGACCCCGUGAGGAGCCUCGCUGCAGCAUUCUGCACCCACUGGAGUUUCUGGGACAGCUUCAAGGGCAGCCCUGCGUAAAGCGAAUUACAGUAGUCAAGCCUGGAGGUGACCGUCGCAUGGAUCACUGUGGCCAGGUCAGGGCGGGAAAGGUAAGGGACCAACUGCUUGAUGCGGCAACUGGUACAGUUCAGCAAUUUUUACACUCCAGACAUCUCUUAACUGCCUUCGCCUCUUUAGGAUAGGAAUGGGCAUCGUGUGAUGAAACACAUGGCAGACCAGCUCUGCUGUGUUUUGGGAGGGAGAUUCCUGACUGCUACCUUGGUGCUCUGGACUUCUACCCCAAAAUCCUCCCUUGGGGACACUAGCGCUUAGGUCAUGCUAUUGUGCUGCUUGCCUUGCAUCUUCUGUGGAUGCUGAAUCGGGUUCUGUAAACAGGGCCUUUUUACAAGAGGGAAAUAGGAUUAAAGUACUACUCAGCAAAGGAGCAGAGAUAUAUUUUUUCUCUCUUUAACCUGUCAAGGAAGCACAAGCAGUUGCUGGGGAGGCUGUGACAGCCUAGUUCCCCUUGCUUUGGAAACCACAUGCAAAUUGAAAUGGACAGAAAUAAACAUUGCCGUAAAGCUGUGGUUGCCGCUCCACUUUGAAGUUAGGCUUGAAAGCAGCACUCUAUUUUAACCAAUAGAAUAAGUUGUGUACUUGAUUGCAAGAGUGUGUGUGUGUGUGGUGCCCAAGGUCCCCCCAAAGUUGGUGACUCCUGCUGCAGAGCCACUCUGCAUUGCACUUUCCAACUUUAAUCCUGGUUACAUUCUGCAGUGUGAUUUUAAAAUUUCCAGCUCCUUGCUAAUUACCGUAUUUUUCGCCCUAUAGGACGCAUUUUCCCCCUCCAAAAAUGAAGGGGAAAUCUGUGUGCAUCCUAUGGGGCGAAUGCAGGCUUUCGCUGAAGCCUGGAGAGCGAGAGGCUUCGGUGCGUACCGACCCCUCUCGCUCUCCAGGCUUCAGGAAGCUAUCCGCAAGCCUUGCGAGCCUGGCGGGAGUUCCCGCCGGGCUCGCAAGGCUUGUGGAUAGCAGCCUGUUCUGGGGUCGGGGGAAGAAAAUAAAUUUUUAUUUAUUUAUUCCCCCCCCCCCCCAAAAAUGAGGUGCACCCUAUGGGCCAGUGCACCCUAUAGGGCGAAAAAUACGGUAAUUUGGUUUUAUCUCCAUUGUACCUCACUUUCUUUUUAUUUGCAUGUUUAUUCAUGCGUCUUUAUCUACAUCACACAUCGGUGUGCUUUUGUGUGUGAAACCACAUAGCUUUGCUUUUGUGCACAUGAAUGCAUGGCCACGCAUCUGGUGGAAGGUGCAUAUAUCCUCCCGUCCUCCCUGUACACAAAUAUUCUGUCUCUCCCCCUCAUUUUCACCCUACGCUGCAUUUCCUAUGCCCUAAUUUUGCCACAGUGUUCUUUGUGCCACAACUAACACAGCUGCAGGGAUCUGUGCAACAUAAAAGCCUUUAAAUGUCAAAGCUGGUAUAUCUAUUACACGUUUAAAUCUAAGAAUGCAGUGCAUGUUGGGAAAUCAGGUUCUUAUUACUGUAUAAACUGUUGCUUGGACAUUAGAAGACCCUUGACUUUAACUAGCAACUGGUGGUCGUAAGAGUUUGUGUUAUAAUAAGUUGAUAAAAUACAAAGUGCAGAUGAGUUGCAUAUGUUUGUUUUUGUUCCUGUGUGAGAGGAAUCUGGGGUCAGUGCUUUAUCCUGUGAGUAAUGAGCAGUGACUGAAAUGUGGGCUGGUGUUCUCAUAAUGGGGGAUUGAAUUCUGAUGGGGAUACGGUAUUGGGAAAGUAGGGUCUGUUCCUUGGGUUGCUGCCAUCUGGGCAAGUUCUGAGCUACUUCACAUUCUCGGAACCUAGCAAGGGAUCUGUAGGUAGCAUAAAGAAGCAGCCUUCCUUUCCUCCUGUGAUGUGGUCAUAGAAUUUUAAAGUUAGAAGGGACCACAAGGGUCAUUUAGUCCUACCCCCUGUAAUGCAGGACACUUUUGCCCAGUGUUGGGCUUGAAUUUACGACCCUGCAAGUGCUCCAAUUGGAGAACAGCCUUUACCUAAUAAUAAUAAUAAUAAUAAUAAUUAUUAUUAUUAUUAUUAUUAUUAUUAUUAUUAUUCUAGAUGAUAAUAAUAAUAAUAAUAAUAAUAAUAUUAGCACCAAUAAAAUUUCAGUAAAAACAUAAUAAGAAAAAAGAAAAUGAACAAUUUAAAAUACAGGUUAAAAUGCAAUUUAAACUGCAGCCUCAUUUUAAGUCAAAAUCAUAAAGGGGAGGGAAACAUAAGGGUCAGACUGAGUCCAAACCAAAGGCCAGGCGGAACAGCUCCGUCUUGCAGGCCCUGCGGAAAGAUGUCAAGUCCUGCAGGGCCCUAGUCUCUUGUGACAGAGCAUUCCACCAAGUUGGGGCCAGUACUGAAAAGGCCCUGGCCCUAGUUAAGACCAACCUUAACCACCUUGUGACUUGGGACCAGAAAAAUGUUGUCAUUUGUGGACCUUAAGGUCCUCUGCGGGGCAUACCAGGAGAGGCACCCCCGUAGGUCCUAGGCCACAUAGAGCUUUAAAGGUCAAAACCAAAGGUGUCAUGGGCUUUGAAGACACUCAAACUCAGGAAGAAAGGGAGAAACGUGCUAAGAGGAAGGCAUGCUUGGCAAACCCUUACCAUGCUCAACUCCUGCCCGGAAACCUAUCUCCCCACUGUGGAAGAAUGUGUGGAUCCAGAAUUGACCUCCACAGUCACUUACGGACUCACUGCUAAAACCCUGCUUUGGAAGACAAUCUUACUUGGCUGUGAGUGGUCGCCAAAGAAGAAGAAUGCAGGACACUUUUGCCUAAUGUUGGGCUCAAACCUACGACCCUGAGAUCAAGAGUCUCAAUGCUCUCCUGACAGAACUAAAAACUUGCUGAAUUGCUUUGGGGAAGGGGAUGGAAACAUUUAAGAAAUUUGGGAGAAGAUCCUUACUGCUGGUAGUUAUUACUUGCUUGGAUUGUCAUCACUCAUGACUGUGAUAUCUAAGAACAUGCCAGGUUCUGGAUUCAGUCCUUGGUGUCUGCAACUCCCAGUCAGCAUAAACUUUGCUGAACUAGAUGGGCUCCUCUGACUCUGCAAGGCAGCUUUCUUCUUUGCUUUCCUCUGAAAUGGAAGCCCUUUUCUGGGUAGGAGAGCAUGUCAUAAUCUGAUACAGCAGACUUCUUUCUUUCUUGGGGAAGGUGAUAUUCAGUGGAGUGGGAAACCAGUUCGAGAUAGUUUUCCGUUACCAUUCCCACCUUGUCCUUUUUUGCAGAGAAAACGAAACAGCUGCUCUUCAGGGGUGCCCAGGCAUACAUGGAUAACACAUGGAACGGCAGCACGGUGGGAGCAGAGUCUCCAGAGCUGCAUGCAGGCAGACCAGAAGCUUGCUCUUGGCUUAGUUGCAGCAGACAAAUGUUAAUUGGGCAGGAUGGAAAACUUCUACAGCCCUGUGCAAGAGAAACAGGUAAGUAAAUUUAGCUGGCUGUCAAGUACCUGUGCAGCGGAUUCUUUUUCUGUUCACUUUUCUUCUGUUGGGUUGCAAUGUUAAGUUUGGUGUAACUGUGAUAUGCAUGUAUAGAGCAAUUGACUUGCUCCAGUUGGGCUUCUCUGAAGGGAGGAACUGUAAGCCUUGAUAUUUGUGUGGCGUAGGGAGCAAACAGAGACUCACAGGGCAUAUUCAGGUGGUCUGCGGCAUUUCUGUGAAGAACAGCAGGCACAAUUCCUCCCUUCAUAGCAGCUGAAUAGGAUUCCGUAUGCACCAUCUAGUUUAGAUUUUGGCAUCGCAGAGCCUUGGACUUGAUGAUCCUCAGGGUCCCUUACAACUCUACAAUUCUACGUAGAUGGCUUGAAGAUUGCGAUCUGCUUUCUGAAAUGGGUGCUUUUUCUGACACUUGAUGCUGAAAUCUGUUCUAACAUAGAAUCUGUACAUUUCUACACAGCUCUGCCGGAAUGCGUUUCCACGGCCUGCUCCUCGUGCGUAAGAACAGUUGACGUCAAAGAAACUUGCUCUCAGUGCGAUCGGCACAUAUGCCAGAACUGCAGCAGACUCUGCAGCUGUUGCCAUGUAGUUGCUUGCUCCUUGUGUUCUGUUACAGAGUAAGUGUCCGUGCGGACUAGGCAUGAGUUAAAACUUCCUUCAGUUGGUUUGGGACACACUGCAUGCUGAAUGUAGCAAACUGGUUGGUAAUAGCAUUCCUUGCAAAAUUGGUUUGGAGUGGGACAUAUGCCAAUAGCUGUAAGGAAGCAUUGGCCCAUUGUGUCAUAAAUGCAGUGGCCUUUGAACCUUGGAUUGUAAUUUGAACCUAGGUAAUUAAGAAAAUUGAGGAGAGGGAAAGGCAGUCUAGCUUAGCAGAACUCCCUGCAAAUAUUGGCAUCAGAAAUUUUCUCAUGCCCUGGAGCAAGGCUGGAGAACCACUUCCAACCACCAGCGAGCCAAGUCCCCAGCCCUUGCAGGCUAUUUUAACAGUGUGGCAAAUCAAACUUGCGAGCAAGGGCACAGGCCAUUGCAAGCACUGACAACCAGCUGAUUAGCGCUGUGUGCAAAACCCACUUCUGCCAGGCAGCAAACCUUUACCAGGCUCACAGGAGAUGGGCUUGGCUUUGGCACCAACAGCCUUGUGGGCCGAAUAGGGAGGCUUCCCAGCCUGGGCUGCUUUGGGAGGAAAAGAAUAUACAUAAAUAAGCUCUCCUGCAGCCAACAUGAAAUUGAACCAUGAGUAAGCAUGAAUGAGUUUGAGUGAUUUCCCCCCUCCAAAUACCCACACACUAUCUGUUCCUGCUGUUGCUGAUCUCCCUGGAACUAAGCAGGGGAGGAGUGAAGCAGGCUUAUGAUGUUCCUAUGAGUAUCCACACACUUUGCUUAGUCAUGCCUAGCCAUUGUAUGGCUUAGCAUUGCAUGAGAACUGUGCCAUUGUUUUAAUUUGUUGCAGGAGUUCACGGUUACACCUGCCCACCUACAUCUCUUAAAGCAGUUUCCAACCGUAGCUAAAUACAUCCUGCGUGUACAGGUUAUUCUGGUGUGGGCCUCGAUUUAAUCCAGCAAGGCGAUUCUUUGAUUUUUCGGCUUCUUCCACAGCUUAAUUUAUUCAGCCUCACGACUUCCUUGCAUGUGGUAGAGGUGGAGCCGGUGUUCUCUUCCUAAACUGUACAGAACCGAAAGAUGCACUGAAUUGCCUGUUACCUUCUUUCUUCUAGGUCCAACGACGUUGGCGAGCGAAUACUUUGCAAUGGCUGCUCCAUGUUUGAGGACUAAAAUGCUUGAAAUGACUAAGUUUUAAGGACAUAAUUAUCUCCAGGAUCUGUAAAGGAACUUGUUUAAAUAGCCGGACAAUUCCCGCCCACCCUCCAUCUUGCUACUGUGACAUUGGGGUGCCGCUUUAUAAAUAGUGUAUAUUUCUAUAACUGUAAUUUUAAUAGAAUAAACUUUUUAUAUUAUCUCUUGUGGAGGGUGCACUUGGCUAGCCUGGCUGGCAUCUGUUCUGAUAAGGCAGAAGAGUUUUAUUCAAUUCCUUAGAAAAGCAACGUAAUAGAAGGCUGAAACUCGAGGGAGAGCUCAUUCUUCAGAUGCUAAGUCUGGUUCGAUCCGUGGCUUCUUUAGAUAGGGCUGAAACAAAUGGACAACUGUUGCCAGACAGCGUAGACAAAAGUGAACUACAGGGGCCAGUAAUCUGACUGAAUAAAGCAUCUUCCCAUGGCCCUAAACUUUGAUGUGGUCCGAAUUUGAUUCAAACUAUUCACUGUAAAAGCUCCUUUUUCAGUGGCUUGGAUCAUUUAAGCAUCUCGUGUUUGCAGCAUCCAAUACUACUGCUAAACAGACCGUCCAGAUUCAGUUUGUCUCUACCCCCCAGUUCUUAAGUAACAGUUUGUUAGCAGUAAAAAAAUGAGCCAUCUAAAUGUUUUAGAUAUAUUUUUAUAAACCCACUCAUAUGACUUAUUUUAACUCUCUUCCUUCCAAGUAAGAGUGUUUGGGUAUGCAUGAAAAGCUGAAACAACCCUGCUCACAUAACCUUCAAAGAGACUCAACCACAAACUUGUAGACUCUCCUGAUACUACACUAAGUGGUCACGAGUCAUAUCAUAAAUGAUGCCAAGUGGUUGUUCAUGACACCGGUUGCAUUAAAUAGGGAACAGGUAAGUAGGAAAGUUUAGGUACUUUUAACUUUUAAAGAUCAGUUUCACAUUGGACACCCAUCAGGAAAAAGUCGAGACAGAAAAUGCUGAGGGAGAGUUAUAGCAGGCUGCAUCAUUUUGGGAUUGGUUAAUUAUCAGAGAAGCUUUAUUUCAAGCUAGAGCGGCCACAUUUAUGUCCAAGUAGUAAAAAUCCACUUUUGUAAAGCAGGUUUUGGAUCUGAAAGCUUGCCAUGUGUGUGUGUGUUUAAAAAAACCCUAUAUGCUGCUCUCAGCCAGAUUUUAUUGCACAAGUGAACCCUUUGUUGCAGCUUUUUCUUUGGAGAGACUUUUUUCUCAAGCUUCGGCCCCGUUUCCCCUGACCAGCUUUCCCCCUUCCCACCCUCCUCCUUUCACACUCACUCGCUUGAGCUCAGCAGCAUGGCUUCUUGCGUAUCUCUGUAUGAAGUCUGAUGAGUCUCCUGGUCGUGGGGUCUUUGUGACAAAAGACCUGCUGCUAAUGAGAUGCUCCUUAAACACUUCCCAUUUUGUAUUUGCUGGAAGCGAAGUUCUCAUUAUGGUCGAGCUCUCGCCUCUCCCCGCCCCCCGUCUUUGAGGGCAGGUAUAUAUAUUUGUACAUAUAAUGUAAAAUCAAACACACACCUCGGUCUGCUCCUUUUUCUACUGUAGCUCCUUGGCAACAGCUUGUGUGCCCCCACCUUCUUAUAACAGGCUGAUAAUUCAGCCUUUAGCAAGGCUCUCCCAAAUCCACUGCACAGCAGGCAGGGAGAAAAAGGUGCAUCCAGUUUUGCUCUUUCAAAAGUCUGCAUUGUUCCACCAAAGGCAAGGCCCGAGCUAACUUGUUAAAGCACAUUUUAUUGAAGUAUUUUGAGGGAAACUUUCAUAUCAUAAGUAAAAAUACUAGAGUUGAAUGUUGUAAAAAACAAACAAAAAAGAACACACAAAAUGAUGGGAUUUCAUGUAGAGGGAAAACUGAGGGUACAUUCCCUUUCAAAUUAAAAAAAAAGGUGUUAAGGAACUGCAGUAUAUUCAAUCAACUUUUUUGCACAGAUAAGAGAACAGAAACAAAAGCAUAUCUAAAAAGAACAUAAAGCCACAACUGAAUAAACUCAUUCGCGGCACAAGCGAGCGUUCAGAAAUCCUGGCCCGUGUCAAAAGGCAAAGAGACAAUUUAGUUACAAACGUCCGGCAGAUUCAAAAUGAGGUGGCUUCUGUGAAAAUGCAAAACGAAGUGAUAAUAAAGGGCAGGGCAUGGGGGAAGAGAGAGCUCGCUUUUCGAACACGGGGAAGUUUCACCCAAUUUUUCUUCUUUUACACCCAUCUGCAGCUGCAAAAGGCAGAGCUUCCUCCUCACCAGGGAUGGGGAACUUGCAGGCGCAUGGAUGUUGUUGGAUCGCAAUGCUCCUCGGCCCCUGAGAGCGAGCACAACAGUGCUCCAAAGGGCCACACAUUCCCCACCCCUGGAUCCAAGUGCUGGUGUCGCCACUGAGCUUUCCUCCCCAUCCCCCUAAAAAUAAUCAUUAAAAAUGUACAUUGAAGCGAGUGACGGAACACAUGGAUGUAGUAAUAUCAACGUGCAUUUCGCGUUCCCAUUUUUAGAACUGCCUUUUAUAAAUACACGAACAAAGCUAUGGCUUCGGUGCCUGAAAUUUGACUUGUCAACUCGUUUGGCAAGAUGUUUCGUCGCUUAAGAAUAUUGUGCGGUUGCUGUCGGCAUCCCCCCCCCCCUUUCCUUUUGUCAUUUAAUAUACAGGCAUGCCUGCUCACCCCUCUCUCUGCUGGUCAAUUCUGCAACUAAGAAGCAUUUGGGUUUUGGGUUUUUUCCCCAGUUGAAGUUGGUAAAACUGGCUCGUUUCCCCAAGGCACAACUAGUAGGAAACUGGGAUGAGAAUAUAGUCUGGGAAGAUGAGUGCAGAAAGACCCUUGUACGACUUCUGCUGGUUUCAACGUGGCCCAUGGCAAGAGAAAAUGCCCGUGGAUAUCUGCUGGUAUUCAGCAAGAUUAAACCUAGAUAAAUCCACUCAGAUGGAAUAAUUAAAACUCACUGCCUUUAGUAGACUACCUCCCAGUGCACUGCAAAAUAUACAGUUCCAUACAGCUCCAUUUGAUAUGUAACUGUGUACUGUCUUUUAAGAAGGUGUGGUAUAUCGGUUCUGAUUUUACCUCAUUGAGGCUGUUAGUGCCAUUCCUAUAAUUAGUAUCUUAACUUUGCUGACAUUUUUUUGUUUCGUUUCUGUCCAAAUAGCGGCUGAACCUAUUGCUAUCUCCAGAGUUUGUUCCGGCUUUUUUUGCAUUGUUGCUUGUAUUGCACUACCUAAAUCUGUCUCUCAUCCUAAAUAUAUCUAAUUAUUCAGAGUGCAGGUUCACUACUUACAUAAUGAAAUGGUAUGCAAUAAAU